AUGUUAAUGAAUCCAAGUCGAAGAAAUUAUCAUCAACCACAUCCACAACAACAACAUCAGGCAGAACCAUGGAACUGCCAUGGUUGUAUCUCGAGAGAAUCAGCACAGCAACAACAUGCAACUCUCCCAACAAUAUCUGACCUCUAUUCACAGUUGAUUUUGUCUGGAUUGGAGGGUAAUCAUUCUGCAUGUAGUGAUCCUCACUUUCGUCAAGCUGUGCAUGAUUAUAAAAAGUUCCUCGACUAUUAUAACAAGAUGAAGAGAGUCAGUUUUAGUAGCAUGGCGAGUAAUAAGAGCACAUUGUCAAAUUAUCCUCAAUAUUCAAGUCAUUCAGUUAAUAGUGAUAAUUGUAAAUCUAAUGUAAAUACUAACAAUGAACAGAAUGUGUUCAGACAUGAUUGUAAAUUAGCACCUUUUAGAUAUGAAGAGAAUAGCUCUUGCUGUGAAAUGAUCAAAAUUCCAAGUAUUGAUCAAUUAACCAAACAGCUGAUUCCAAAUUCAUGUACAUCUUUGUUGCCAAUUGCUGAUUCGAAAGAGAACUCAAUGAAUGUAGAAAAGAAACGUACAAGAAGAUAUGAAGAAGAUGGAUUAACAAAAUCAAAGAAAGUUAAACAGAAUCCACAUUUAAUUCAAAUUAGUCCAACAGAGAUUCUUCAAUCAUCAACAAGCACCGUGUACAUUUCCAAACAACAAGCCAAAUUAUUCGAUAGUGUGAAAGGAACAACAUGCCAUCAAUGUAAACAGAAAACUCUCGAUAUCAAAACCAAUUGCAAGCAUUGUUGUAAUCUAUCAUUGAACAAUACUACAAAUGGAAGAGGUGUAUUUUGUUCCAAUUGUCUAAAGAAUCGAUAUGGAGAAGAGGUAUGUAACUAUUUCAUUUUUAUCAUUUUACCAUUUUACUAUUAG